UGUCCAUUUCUAGACUUGAUGUUCUUGGGUUUUCCUUUAAGUUUGGACAUGGAUGUUUCAGUUUGUUUGAUAAACAUGAUUCCGUUAUUGGUUCUGGAAUUUUUAUGGAUGGUUUAUAUAAACUGAAACUUGAUGUUGAUUUUUCUGCAUCUCUAAUGUGUGUUCAUCAAAACAUUGGAAUUAAACAUGGUGUAGCGAAUGAGAACUCUGCUUUCUUGUGGCAUAAACGUUUGGGUCAUGUAUCCAAAGAAAGAAUGCAAAGGUUGGUGAAAGAUGAGAUUCUUUCGGAUCUAGAUUUUACCGAUUUUGGGUUGUGUGUGGAUUGCAUUAAGGGAAAGCAAACCAAACAUAACAAGAAAGAAGCCAAAAGAAGUAGUAAGCUUCUUGAAAUUAUACACACCGAUAUAUGGGAACGUUACAAAGGUACUGCAGGAAAAGUAGGAAAUUUCGUUAAGGCUGUUAUGAGAAAAUCGAAAACAAAAGCGACCGGCUGCCCUUUUAUGAUAAAAGUCAAACUUGAUGCAACAUCCCAAAAAUUUUGUAUCUCGGUUCCUUUAGAUGACGAGAAGGGGACGCAUAAUCAUGCGUUUGCUGUGAAUCCCGAGGGUCAGCGACAGAUGCGCGGACUCAGCGAUCCAUCCAGAGAGAUUGUCCGUGAUAUGAGUUCUGCUCAGGCAACACCGGCAGUAAUUUUGGCUGCAAUUCAGGAGAAACACCCUGUGGACAACGCGACUAUCCGACAAGUGUAUAAUCAUAAAGCUAAAUUGUGGAAAGAAAAUUUGGAGGGUAGAGAUGUGGCUGGGCAGCUUCUGCAUAUGGCUACAGUCAGCAACUACAUAGGUUACACUGACGUUGAUCCGAACACACAGGCGUUGACACAUGUGUUUAUGUCGCAUCCACAAGCAGCCAGUCUAUUCUGGACAUAUUACUGGUAUGUCGAUAUAGAUUCCACAUACAAAACCAACAA